AGAAACUCCGCACUUCGUCUCUUCUGUUUCCAUCUCCAGGUCCUCGUUUUUUCUCCACACUCAAGAAUGUCGUCUAAGUUGAAUCCCUUAGCUCAUGAAUACUUCCCGAACGCGAUCUCUCCUCCUAUCGUAACCUAUAUGCCGCAUGUGAUUUACCACAACGCCCGUUUUUCCUCGCCGCCGGCAUACACCUUGUCUCCGGCGCACGCCGUAGGUUUCUUUCACUGUAUUCCUUACUCCGGUUACUUCGACGGCGGUGUCUCCACCGUCAAGAAGCUCGCUCGCCCGGCAGUUGGGAAAGGGCAGACAAGUCUUAAGAGCAUUUUCUUGCCCCCGAGGCUGCAGGGAAAGUGUAGUAGAAGCUUCAGCUUACCCAAAAAGGUCGUGAAACCUAAGAUUUGGAAACCAGUGAAGUCGAAGUCCGGCGAAGUCAGCGACGCCGUCAGCGACGCCGUCAGCGACGCCGUCAGCGACGCCAUCAGCGACGCCAUCAGCGACGUCGUCAGCGACGGCUCUUCUUUAUCUCCGAUGGCCGGGGAUACCACCGUGAUGAUCAGGAACAUCCCGAACCAAUACAGGAGGGGAAGCUUUAUGAAGUUUCUUGAUAAGCACUGUAUAGAGAACGAUCUUGAAUAUGAUUUCCUCUACCUUCCCAUGGAUUUCAAGACGGACAACAACCUUGGGUAUGCUUUUGUGAACUUCACCACCGCAGCCGGCGCUGCAAAGAUCACAGAGUUGCUGAAGGAUUAUAAAUGGGGCAUUGUUAGGAUGGAAUCUGGGAUCUUCACUUCAAAGAAGAUAUGUGAAAUUAGCUCUGCAAAAAUCAAGGGGAAAAAUGCGCUGGUGAACCAUUUCCAGGACUCAAGAUUCAUAUGUCGAACGACUGAUUAUCUGCCGGUGAAGUUUUCUCCGCCGCGAAAUGGGUGGCCGGGCUGUUCCAAGCCCCAGACCGUCGGAAAGCUUGUAGGCCAUGCCGGGUAUCAUUAGAUCGGUGCUGGGAUAUAGCUAGGAAAGGAUGAUCAAGAAUGGGCCUGUGUUUUAGUUCUCAACCUGGGUUGAGGUGUGGAUUAUCCAGGGUGAAAUGGAAACAUGGGAUCAUAUAUGAACUGGGAUGCUUCCUUCUCUUUUUCUUGUUAAUUUUCAUGUUGUAGUUCUGUAAUACUAGUAUCUAGAAUAUUUGCUUUGUAUGGCCAGUCAUGGCGGCCGGGGUAAUCGGAUUAUGUAUGAGGCCGCCGUUAGGUUGUUUGCUUAAACGACUUCAAUCGUUAAUCUAUUUGCUAAC